UAACUCUAAUUAUAAAUGAAUAUUUUAUUAAAUAUAUAUCUUAAUCUUUGUUCUCAGGAUGCCUUCAGUCUUUUAGCUUACGCUGAUCCGUGGAAUAGUCCGGUAGGAUUUCAGCUUGACCCAGUACAACGAGAACCAGUUUGUGCUGCCCUUAAUAGUGCCAUUCUUGAAUCCCAGAAAUUGCCUCGUCAGCCACCUCUGGAACUAGCACUGGCUCACACCCGUGAAUUAAUAAGACUGAUGUCACGGUCGGGAUUAGGCUCUUGUGCUUUCGCAAAUGUGGACGAUCUUAUACAAUGACUGUUAUUUUAAUGCGAAUGAACAAAAAAAAAAA